AUGAUGAUGACAGGCGUUAAUGACGCCAUCAUGUGUCGUGGCUUUUGCACGACUCUAGACGGGCAGGCCCAAGAUUGGUUCGGGUCCUUGCCAGUGGACUCCAUCCCCACUUUCGCGAUCCUGACUAAGACGUUCAUGUCACACUUUGCGGGCAGCAUACAACGGCGGAAGCAGUUCGCUGACCUAUGUUACCUGAAGCAACAGAAGUCAGAAUCCCUGGCGGAGUACCUGAGUAAGUGGAAGAAGGAAGCCAUGGGGGUGACGAAUUUUGACGAAAGGUCCGCCAUCCCGUUUUUCACCAACAACCUCAGGUCGGGUCCUUUCCACAGUGACCUUGUCCGGAAUGAGCCAAAGACGUACACAGAAUUGAUGGACCGCGCCUCGCGGUACGCCAACGCGGAGGCAGCAGAGAAGAGGAAGAAGGAGGAGGAGGAAGGCCGCGAACGGGGUGACAGGGCACCUCAACCUCAAGAGGAUCGCUGCACUCCCCGGUCUCGCCGGGAUCGGGGCCCCCGACUAGCCCCACUACGACACCUGACCCCGUUGACACAACCUGUAAGCGUCAUCCUGGACCACGCAGAGGACAUGGGCAUCGUGUCGUUCCCCGAGGAGUGCUUAAAGAUCUCCCCCAAGGCCGACCCGAAGAAGUACUGA